GUUAACCUGGAAGUCCUUCGGAGGAAGAAUGUCUUGUUGCUCAUUUCAGGCCCAAACAUCUCCCCAGAUGAGCUUUCAAUUCUCGAAAACAUUUACACUGAAUCAAGGCAACACCUAAUCAGGCCUGACAGGGAUGGCCUUUACGAAAUUGUGUGGAUCCCAAUUGUGGAUCCCACGGUUGAGUGGUCUGAGGGACAGCCAUUGCUAAAGAGCUUUGAGGCUCUUCAACGAACAAUGCCAUGGUACUCGGUUUACCACCCGAAGCUGAUCCAAAAGCCAGUCAUUGACUUCAUCAAGGAGGAAUGGCACUUCAGGAACAAGCUCAUCCUUGUUGUCCUUGACCCUCAAGGAAGAGUACUCAGCCCCAACGCCAUCCACAUGAUGUGGAUUUGGGGAAGUGCUGCCUUCCCCUUCACCAGCUUGAAAGAGGAAUCUCUAUGGAGGGCAGAAACCUUCAAGCUUGAUCUGCUUGUUGAUGGCAUCGAUCCAGUGAUCCUCAACUGGAUUUCGGAAGGUAGAUACAUAUUUCUGUAUGGAGGAGAUGACAUUGAAUGGAUAAGAAAGUUCACCAGCGCAGCUCGGUUCGUGGCCAAAGACUCAAACAUUCCUGUAGAGAUGGUAUAUGUGGGGAAGAGCAGCCACAAAGAACAAGUAAGGAAAGUAACAGCCACGAUCACGGUAGAAAAGAUCAGCCAUUGCUGGCAAGACCCUGCCAUGGUUUGGUUCUUCUGGACCAGGCUGCACAGCAUGCUGUUCUCCAAGAUCCAGCUCAACAAAGUCGAUGAUCACGAUGAUGUGAUGCAGGGGAUCAAGAAGCUUCUCAGCUAUGACAAAGCAGGCGGAUGGGCAGUGCUAGCCAAAGGGUCUGAACUGGUGAUACUCGGCCAUGGAAGCACAACUCUGCCUACUUUGCUAGACUAUGAGAACACAUGGAAGAAAGAAGUAGUCAUUAAGGGUUUUGACAGGUCCAUUAAAGAUUACCAUAGCAUGCUCCAUAACAUUGCUAACCCCUGCAGCCGCUUCGAUUUCCCGGUGACUGCUGGAACUGGGAGGAUUCCUCAGAGCAUGAAGUGUGCUGAGUGUGAUCGGAUGAUGGUGAAGCACACAACUUUCACUUGCUGCCAUGAUCAUGAAGACGUUCCGGAGACAAAUAUUAACUAUUAG